CCCACAGUUCAUUCGUCGCGGUCGCGAACAAAAAGGCCAAUAGUUAUUUCGAGAUAGAAAAAGGGCAUUGAAAUUUUUGAAAUUUGUUUUCCAGGACGAGGAGAUGAACAAAUUAGGAUUUAUAAGGUCGUUGAACAGUUAGAAAUCUAUAGAAUCAUGGCUUUUACAGAUAUUUUGAUCGUGGGCUCAUCAGCAAUCGAAGAACUGAUAGCAAACUUCAACGUAAUUGAUAUCGAUGACGAUUAUCAUGCUCUCAAGCUCAAGUAUGCUGGCGUCACUGUGAAGAUGGCAAACGGAGGCAGGAAGGUAGCUUCUACUCUUGCAAGACUUCCAGACUGGGGCUCCACCGAAAAGGGACCAUUCAAGUAUUACGGUGAUCAGAUUUGGCUCGAUGGGAUUAAAUCUGUCCUUUCCGGGCAGAUAUCACAGACCGUCUCUGUCCCGAGGUGGCGUCGGUUGGCUUUGGAGUGUACGACAGGCCGGUUAGAUCACCCUGGUUAUAUAGAGUCUCUAAGUAUGAUGUGCUCGUACGACUUGACCAAGGUAGCACAUGGCAAGACUACCCUCGUUGACGGAGGCAUCCUCAACAUCAACCAACUUCUUGCGUAUGUGAUCUGGAUCCCUGGAUUGCAUACUGUACACCGUCUGUACUGUUGUAAUCCGGACGAUGGUAUAGUUCUCAAGACGCGCAGCGAAACAGCGGCUGACAAGCAAUUUGUCUUUUCCGAGGAUGAGAUGGGGGACACUCCCAAGAGGACUGCUCAACAAGUGAUGCAAUUUGCUUACGCUCUCAUGCUCCUAUGCACCGAAAAUAUCGCAGACGACUCUCAUGUAAUCCUUGAGUCCUUGCUGUCAAAGCGAUUCCAGGCAAUAUCAUUUGUUAUGAACUCCCCAGCAGUCCAAAUUAAUGACAUAAAGGAUAUAUUUGCCUAUGAGGAUCUAUUAAUGCUCCAGAAAGUGUCGUCUCAUUAUCCGAAAUUACGCUCUUGCAUCUUUAGAACACUCCUAAAAUCUCCUCAUGCGAUCGCCAAACAUAUGUCGGAGAUAUUCCGGACUUCUUCCAUGACUCAGUUUACAUUCAUCCAUGAGUUCGUGACGGCCCCCAAUCCUACUAUGUUGCAUAUUGAUCACCAGGUCGUGGCUGCAUUGUGUAAGUGGUGGGAGGUAGCGCAGGAGUUGAUAAGGGUCUAUGAUGAUAUGUGGAUCUAUUAUAAACUGAUAUGUCCUGACAGCACAAAAACAACUAUUGCACCAUUUAGAACUGCAGCUAUAGCAGCGAUGUCAUGGAAAAAGGCGACAAAUAAUGCUGAAUCAUUGAAUCAGAUUAAGGGUGUCAAGACGGAUGAAAGAUACAUCAGACUGGCACAGAAGGUGCUUCCCCCCGAGUGUGUUAAGGGAAUCGAUUUCACAGGAGGAUGGUUGGACAAGGCUAAAGAUGCAGGAGGAUGGUUGGACAAGGCUAAAGAUGCAGGAGUUCUUAACUGGGACAAAAUUGCAGAGCUUGUAAACGCAGGUGAAGUCUCACUCGAAUAAUAUCAGUUGGGCCAUGAUUCCCUACCUGGUUUUAAGAAAAAUAAAUAAAUAAAAAAUUAAAUGUGCUAAUGUUUUAAUGUGAUCAU